AUGCGCAAGUUGGAGCUGCGUUUCAUUCACCGAAGCGCACAAGACUUCGUGGUGGACACGGUCAGCUUCCUCAUCACCAAGAAUAACGCAUAUCUAGCGAACAUUAUGAGCUAUGGGAGGGAGAUAAACCGAGCAUUCUGGUCUCAUUUCGACUCAAGGGUCAUGGAUAAUGUCUUUAUGGCAGCCCAGAGACGUCUUCUUCCUCGCCUGCCUCCACCGCUCUCCGAAGACAAGGAUGAAAAUAGAUGGCUGGCUGACCGAACGGAUGCCUUGGACAUAGCAUGUCCACAUCUUUCACCUCUUCAGAAUGUUGUCUUCAGCUAUGCCAUUGGAUGGGGAUUGAUUCCUUAUCUCGAGGCAAGGCUCAGCACUCUCGAUCCGGACGAGUUACGACUGGUGGCCAACUUUUGUGCAUGUCUUUCUUUGUCUGAAACACGCACACAACGGUGUGGUUAUGAAACGCGCAACGACAUCCUUGCGAUGCUUAAACCUCACCUCUCAUGGACGCAAACCCCCCUAUUAUGUCACCGCUGGGAUAAGGCUUGUUAUGUUCGCGUUGCUCGCCCUGUUUGGCAAUGUUCCUUGUACACGGAAUUGGGUUCAGCUGAAUCCGCGACAGCACUUUGCCACUGUCUGCAAUUCCCUUAUAAUUCCCUGAGUAGCACUAAUGGCGAAACACUUCGCAUUUGGGCGUAUCUCAUUUACCAUGACUGUGAAACGUGGUCCAUUUUCGCUAAACCGGACGACCCGAUGGAAUUGGUUAUGGAGUCCGUAGAGGAGUUCGACGUUUUCAAGAUCCACAUCAUCCUUCCCGAACCUUCAACAGGGGGCCCCUUCAAACUGGAGUUCUAUCAGCAUUUCCCAGAGGACUCGAGCGUUUCUGUGAAAUUGAAUCCACCGUCAAUGAAAGUCUGCAGCAGUUGUUCUCCGGCCGUAUCCCUGCAUCCUCAGUCGGGGAGCUUAUAG